AUGAGACUUUGACAGAUUUGAUUAAUCAAGCACCAAGCUCCUCGGAUAACAAGGGAAUGCUGAUUGGAUUUCUAGUGGGGGGAGCUCUUGCAGUCUGUGUUGGUAUUUUGGCAUUGGCUUAUUAUAGAAAGAGAAGGAAUGGAGAGGAGGAUGGAGAUGAAAUCACAUUUGAUGAUACGAUGGAUGGGGAAUUUGAAAGAGGGACUGGACCUAAAAAGUUUUCAUAUCAUUCGCUGGCUAAAGCAACAAAGAACUUUGCAGAGGAGCAGAAGCUUGGAGAAGGAGGCUUUGGUGUGGUUUAUAGAGGCUUCUUGAGAGCACUGAAUUGUGAUGUUGCUGUUAAGAGGGUAUCAAGAACUUCGAAGCAGGGAGUGAAGGAGUAUGCAUCAGAAGUGAAGAUCAUUACUCGAUUAAGACAUAGAAAUCUGGUGCAGCUACUGGGAUGGUGUCAUGAAAAGAAUGAUCUUCUACUGGUUUAUGAGUAUAUGCAGAAUGGUAGCUUGGAUUCCCAUCUUUUUCGAGGGAAAAGCUUGUUGACAUGGCCAAUAAGAUACAAAAUUGCACAAGGCUUAGCCUCGGCACUGGUUUAUCUACACGAAGCAUGUGAGCAAUGUGUGGUCCAUAGGGAUAUUAAAUCAAGCAAUGUUACCUUGGAUUCAAAUUUCAUAGCAAAACUCGCUGAUUUUGGAUUAGCAAGAUUGGUUGAUCAUGAAAAAGGAGAGCAAACAACUGUUUUUGCUGGAACUCUGGGAUACAUGGCUCCUGAAUGUAUAACUACAGGCCAAGCCAGUAAAGAAUCAGAUGUUUACAGCUUUGGCAUUGUUUCACUAGAAAUAGCAGGUGGAAGAAAAGUAAUUGAUCCGAAUUUUGAUGAAAGUCGAAUGAGACUGCUUCAAUGGGUCUGGAGCCUAUAUGGAACAGGAGAACUUCUUCAAGCUGCUGAUCCAAAACUCUGUGGAGAUUACGAUGAGCAAGAACUGCAAAGAUUAUUGAUUGUUGGGCUUUGGUGUGCACAUCCAGAUAAAACUUUUCGACCUUCAAUUAGACAAGCGAUUCAUGUCCUUACUCUUGAGGCUCCAUUGCCUAUUCUUCCGCCAACUAUGCCUGUCGCAACAUAUUAUCCUCCAUUGAACAUGUCAACAGCUGCUCUAGCUAUGGCAUAUGGUCACACUGUCUGGAAACAUAGACCAGGUGAAUCUUCUGGUAAUCAAAAUAAUGAAUCCUCAAGUAAUGCUUCCACCGAUUCUACAUUUCAAUCAGUUCUGUAUCCUAGAUGAACUACAUUUCUAUCAAAAUACUAUCCUAUAUUCAUAGAUUUCCACUCUUUUUUGUGUAAUAUCAUUUUUUGGAUGAACACUAACAUUCAACAAAAUAUCACAUCCACAGCAAAAUAUUUGAUACAUCUUCUUGACAUUGAUUAUAAUUUCAGUGCUCUUGAAGCUGACAUUUGGAUACAUAAAUGUCUCUAACUCCCUUCCUUGCAGAAUAGGAUACUAGAAUAGUAUAUGGUACUAAAGAGUUCAUACAUCUAUAACAGUUCCCAGGAACUAGAAGUCUAGAAUAUAUGUAC